AUGCUGAGAAAUCUGUUUGGCACUAUGAUCGUCACGUGUGGGCCGGGAAACCCAAAAAGCCUGUGGGAUAAACACAAAGAGAGCUUAGCGGAAGACAUACUACUUGAGGUGCGCUAUCAGAAUCUUAGCCAAGAACCUUGCUUCAACCAAGCACUCAUACUGUUCGAAGACAUAGUUAUUAGAUUAGGAGGCCACAAGCUUAGAACGUAUGGUCUGCCGACACCUCAGAGAGACCAGCAGGUAUGCAAUUGCAGAGACUUGAUCAGAGACAACAACUAUGACCAAGAUGAGCUUACAGCGUACGUAUCAAGCAACAAACCAUUACUGGUGCCAGACCAAGCUGCGGCUUAUCACGUCAUCCUAUCUGGUGGUAUUAUCUUUGUAGAUGCACCUGGUGGCACAGGCAAGACGUUCCUCCUCAACCUUUUACUUGCGAAGGUGAAGCAACAAAAGAAGAUUGCUGUUGCUGUUGCUUCAUCAGGAAUUGCCGCAACUUUGCUUACCGGAGGCAGGACUGCCCACUCAGCUUUCAAACUUCCGUUAAACCUGGCACAUACGGAGACGCCAACCUGUAACAUCGCUAAGGGUACAGGAAUGGCCACAAUACUAAAGCAAUAUCAGCUGAUUGUGUGGGAUGAGUGCACAAUGGCAAACAAGCUGGCGCUGGAGGCUCUUGAUCGCACGCUAAGAGAUAUCAGAGAAAGACAACAAACAGCUUUUGGUGGUGUAACCGUUUUACUUGCUGGUGAUUUUCGGCAAACUUCGCCAGUCAUACAGAGGGGAACCCCGGCAGAUGAACUUUCAGCUUGCCUUAAAUCUUCUCUUCUAUGGCAGCAAGUCCAAACUGUCACCCUGUCUACUAACAUGAGAGUGUAUCUUGAAGGGGACGCAACAGCGGGAGAGUUUUCAUCGAUGCUGCUAUCAAUUGGAAAAGGCGAACUGACUGCUGAUGAGAGCGGACUGGUAACCAUACCACCCGUAUGUGGAGAAUUAGUUAACGGUGUAGAGGCACUUAACGGAGAAGUCUUCCCCAACUUGGCUUAUCCAACCGAGUUCCUAAAUUCCUUAGACCUUCCUGGCAUGCCACCGCAUAAUCUUAAAUUGAAAGUGGGGUGCCCGGUUAUGCUUCUCCGAAAUCUGGAUGCUCCCGAUCUUUGCAAUGGAACACGACUCAUCAUUAAACAGAUUUUGCCGCACGUUCUUGAAGCCACCAUACUGACAGGACAAGCUCAAGGAAAAGACAUCUUCAUACCAAGAAUACCACUCAUACCAUCGGACCUUCCCUUUCAAUUUAAACGACUGCAGUUUCCACUAAAAGUUUGCUUUGCAAUGUCCAUCAAUAAAUCACAAGGUCAAUCAUUGAAAGUUGUUGGGUUAGACUGGCAAACACCUUGCUUUUCGCACGGGCAACUGUACGUUGGGUGCUCAAGAGUUGGCAGACCUAGCAGCCUCUUUAUCAACGCACCGGAGCGAAAAACAAAAAUGUAG